AUUGUAUGGGUCGAGCUGUGAUUGGUCUCUGCGGGAAUGGAAGGGUGAAUGACGAGUGCGAGCCGUUGGGCGGCCCAGCGUGAAGGGGAAAUGGCUGCGCUGGAAAGGGUGAAAGUGCUGGUUCUGGGCGACUCAGGUGUGGGGAAAUCAUCACUUGUUCACCUGUUGUGUCACAAUCAGAUGUUGGGAAAUCCAUCCUGGACUGUGGGCUGCUCUGUUGAUGUCCGAAUUCAUGACUACAAGGAAGGAACUCCUAAAGAGAAGAUUUAUUAUAUUGAAUUAUGGGAUGUCGGUGGCUCUGUGGGCAGUGCUAGUAGCAUGAAAAGCACCCGUGCCAUGUUCUACAACUCUGUUAAUGGCAUAAUUUUAGUACAUGACUUGACCAACAAGAAGUCCUCCCAGAACUUGUAUCGAUGGUCAAUGGAAGUUCUUAACAGAGAUGUCGCCCCUUCUGGGGUCCUGGUGACAAAUGGGGACUACGACCGUGAGCAGUUUGCUGAUAACCAGAUUCCACUGCUUGUUAUAGGGACCAAACUGGACCAGAUUCCAGAGGUGAAGCGCAAUGAUGUCUUGAGGAGAACUGCUUUCCUUGCUGAAGAUUUUGGUGCAGAAGAAAUCAAUCUGGACUGCACCAGUCCUCGAUACCUGGCGGCAGGCUCUUCCAACGCUGUCAAGCUCAGUAGAUUCUUUGAUAAGGUCAUUGAAAAGAGAUACUUUUUACGAGAUGGUAACCAGAUUCCUAGCUUCUCAGAAAAAAAAAGAAUUGGAAGUGGCUUUGUAAGGAAUCUUCACUACGACUGAUCCAUUACUUUACAUCCAGAGACUGUGGGAAAUGCUUUUACUGCAACAUUCCUGUUGUACUUCUGCUAAGCAAAAUUGGGUUCUUCAGCACAGAUAUGGACAAAAAUCCUCAAAUACAAGUUCUUGUGCAUAGAAGUACUUUUCGCUCCGAAAAGAAUCUGAGAUCUUCUGGACAUAGUGCAGUAAAUUCUCUGUGUGUCAAGCAUCACUGUAGGAUGUGAUAUUUCACAACUUCAGUUGUGUAUGCUUCCUGAAAGAUUUAUGAAUCCAUACUGCUCUCCAGGAUAGAGCAGAGCACUAAAUAUAAUUCAGGUAUUGAAGAUUUACAAACAUUUACUAAGCAUUAAGAUGCUGCUGAUGAAAUUAUUGGUAAAGAACCUCUGCUUAGAAAUGCUUCUGAGCAAUAAAGCAUUACUCAAAGACAAGAGAAAUCAGAGAAGAUUAACAAAAAAGGUUGAAACAAUGGUAUUGCUUAGUACUUUUAAAAAUAAAAAUGUAUGGAGAUUUAAUAUUAGCUUUAGUUGAGUUGUGCGAAAACAAGUUUUGCUGCUAUUUUACUCCCAAUUCUGCUGCUUUAUAAUGAUACCUUUUGAGCGAAUAUCCUGGAACUUGGCCUCCAUGAUACGUAAUGAGGUUUACAACUGAGCAAAAUUCAAACCACUCCAACAAAUUGCCACAGAUACAGCAUGUUAAAAAGUUCUGAUAAUUGACACAUCUGUCUUUUUAAUUUCGUGUUUCAACUCACCAUUUUUGUGAAAAGUGCAUAUAUUUUCAGGAAGGCUUAUCUGAGAGGUUUGCUUUGUUGUUAAGAUAUUAGCAACUUCUGGCAAGGUCAUGCUUGGUUUCUGUUUUUAGAGGGCUUCUUUGUGCAGUUAGUUAUGGAAUAAGUGAAUAUGGAAUAAGUUAGUUAUGGAAUAAGUGAAAUUGCAUGUUACUACACAGGUUGGGAUGCUUGUUUAGGGGAUGGGAUUUCAAUCCUUUGUCAAUUACUAGACUGCCACUCUGGAUCAGACCUCCCGGGUGCCUCCAAAUUUAUGCUGCCAAAAAGACAUUGGGUUGUAAUGUAAUUGCAGGCAUAGGACAAAGUGUUAAUACCACCAUUCCAGGAUCUGGAGUCAUAAGAGCUCCUAUGAGCUUAUAUUUGAAUACAGAGGGAGAACCCUACCUACAUCCUUAAAGUAUCAUGCAAUUUACCCUUGAGAUGAUGUUGGGAGGUAUGAGGAUGGGAUGAAGGGGAAGGGGAAGGCUCAGGACUUCACACAAAAGCCGCAGUGUGAGAGCCCUAUUCCUUCAACUUGUUUUCUUCGAUGCAGAAUCAACAUGCAAUUCUCAUUUCUCAUACGAGGGAGAUAUUCACAUAUUAUAAUAAAUUUGUGUUUGCACAUGUA